CACACACACAAAAAAAAAAAAACCAAUCAAAGCACAACGAGACGACAACAAGACAACCACGGCGACGAUGGACGGUGAUGAGUGGCAGGAGCUGUACUGGGCGAAGCGGCAGCUCAAGAAGCAACGCAGACACCACCACCCUCAUGGGCGGAGUGCAGAGGACUCGCUGCGCAGCGCGCUGAGUGCUUCGACCCCGCACCUUGCACGCGCAGGCGUCAGCAGGCACGGGUCGUCCUCGUCGUCGCACGGUGGUGGGUACGACACCGCCCCUUCCGCAUGGCACCGGCAACAGAUGAGGUCGCUGGCGGCGUCGCCCGUGGCCGGAUCGCCGCAGCACCGGAGCAGGGCCACAACGUUCAAGCAGCACACCCUCUUUGCAGAUGCAGAGGCCAAUGACAUUGAGGACUGCUUCCACCUCAUGACAGAGUAUGGCGCGAACGUGAACGAGGUGCAUCCUCGCACGCGGCAGACGGCCCUGCACGUCGCCUGCAUCCACGGCUCCUUCGAGGUUGCCACACAGCUCAUCAACCACAAGGCAAACGUCGACCUCAUGGAUGGCACAGGCAUGACGCCUCUGAUGCUGUGCUUGAAGCACCGGAAGCGUUACUAUCUUGAAAUCGCACAGCUGCUCAUCGCUGCGGGCUGUGAUGUGAAUGCGACAAACGCGUUUGGGCGGAGUGCGCUGUACUUUGCCGUGCGCAACAAGGACAAGAAGGCCGUUGAGAUGCUUGGGGAGAACAGCGUACCCGGCGCCCUCGCAGCCGCGCUUGCCCUCGGUUACAAGCACAUUUUGCACUCGCUUGAGCAGCAGAACCUGGAGCGAAGCGUGCAUGCAGCCGUCGGCACAACACCGCCGCACCAACAAUCGCAGCAGCAGCAGCAGCAGCAGCAAGAGCAACAGCAGCAACCACUACAACAGCCAUCUCACGACUCCCAGCAGCAAUCACAACAGAGGCAGCAGCAGCCUCAUGCGUCAAGAGAAGAUCAGCGAUCAACAAGCACAGGUCCAGCUCACACGGCUGAAGCCACUCCCACGCGGUCAGGCAACAGCUUCCAUGCCAAUGACGAUGACGAUGACGAUGACGAUCAAGUGUUGAUUAACGUUGGGGAUGAUGGAGACCUUCCGGAGAUUACAGAUGCGGUUGAACCGCCCGAACACCACCACAACAACGACAACGACAACAGCAAUGGCGAUGAUGGUGGCGACGAUGGUGGUGGAGAGCAGGCGCUGACGUAAAGUGAACUGGAAGCCUGGGUUGUGUUUUGUUGUUUCGUUGUUUCGUUGUUUCGUUGCGUCGUUCUAUUCGUGGAAUACUAUACAUCCUAGCACACACACACACCACAUGCACACUUCAGUCCACCUAUCAUUACAUGAAACCAUGACGUCUCCGUUCAUUUCCAAGCACAACAACAAC